AAGCGCCAGCCAGCAUUAGUUUGCACUGAAGACGCCAGGUGGAGCCACCAGCUGCACUUUUUUUGUUUUUUGUUUUUUUCGCUGACCGUGGCAAGAACACAACAACAAAAAAAAAGAAACAGUAAAGUUAGAUUACAAAAAAACACAUAAAUAAUAAUAGCAAAGUUAAAUUAUUAAACAAGUAACAGUAAAUGUAACACAAAAAAAAAAACAAAUGUAAAGCAAUAACUACAAAUUGCUAAUCGCGUAUUUUUUGCGUGUGUGUGUGUGUGUUUGUGUGUGUGUGUGACGCGUGCUUUAAACAUUUUUUUGCGGCAAUGCAGCGCAACAAUUGUAAAUCGAAAAUGUUGACGCAUUGAGCCAACAACAACAACAACAACAACAACUUAAUAGUCGAAAGCAAUAGAAGAAGAAGAAGCUACAGCGACACAACUACAACUCAAAGCGACAAUCUAAGGAUCAAGGAUCAGGAUCAUGUCGGACCAGCAGCGUGCCUCGCUCUGUCCUCGCCUCGUCGACUACAUGGCCAUUGUGGGCGCCCACACAACGCCGCCAAUGCCCAAGGGCAAUCAGGGCAGCAAAGCGCCGCCGGUGCAGGUUCCCGAUCUGUUGCGUCGCUAUCCGCCGUCGGAUCAUGCUGACUUUCCGCUGCCCCUCGAUAUGGUUUACUUUUGCCAGCCAGAGGGAUGCACCAGCGUUGGACCACGACGCACUGGCUCCGCCAUACGGGACAUGACCUCGUUUGUGUUCGCGCUGACGGACAAGGAUUCGGGGAAGACACGCUACGGCAUCUGUGUGAAUUUCUAUCGACCCAUCGAACGUCCCAGUUCGGUGUCCGGUUGCGGUGCCGCAUCUGGUGCGGAACGUGCCGGAAACGGACAUGGCGGCCACGGUGGUCAUGGCGGGGGAGGCAGCGGUGCCAGGGGACGACGCUCGUCCGCCUUCAGGCGCGAAUCGUGGCGCAAGAGCAUGGAACGCAGCUCGGACUCAGCAUUCAGCAGCGACUACAGAAGUAACGUCGCGCCCAGCGAUUCGGAUCGUGAACUGACCUCGCGUCGCGACUCCGAUCAGCAGCGUCUCCACUCGCAUCAUCAUCAGCAGCAACAGCAGCAGCAACAACAACAGCAGCAGCAGCAGCAGCAGCAUCCACAAUCGGUGCCCCGAUUGGGUUUAAUGGCGCCAUCAGCCGAUUCAGAAUCGGGUGGCAGCCAUUCGCCAUCGCCGCGAGCGUCGAGGAAACGCACCAAGCUGCGCAAUCAAUCGUUGACCUCGCUGUGCAUCAUCUCGCAUCAUCCGUUCUUUACCACGUUCCGCGAGUGCCUCUUCAUACUGAAGAAACUGAUCGAUGCCUGCAACGAAUCGUCGUCACCGAAGCGAGUCGGCGCAUCGCAGAAAAUCAAUCGGGAUAACGUUUGGACGGUGCUGGCUGGUCAUGCCAGCGAGGCGACGCCCUCCAUCGUCCUCCACGAUGUGCGCGAGAUCGAGACCUGGAUCCUCCGUCUGCUCUCCACGCCGGUGCCGGUGCCGGGCUCCACGCGUGUCGAGGUGGAGGUGCUGUCGCCCACUGUGCAUGAACCUUUGCUCUUUGCAUUGCCGGAUCAUACGCGAUUCUCGCUGGUUGAUUUCCCGUUGCAUUUGCCGCUCGAGCUGCUGGGCGUGGAGACCUGCCUGAAGGUCUGGACAUUGAUAAUACUGGAGAACAAGGUGUUGUUUCAAUCACGCGACUACAAUGCGCUCUCCAUGUCCGUGAUGGCAUUCGUGACGAUGCUGUAUCCCUUGGAGUACAUGUUCCCGGUGAUACCGUUGCUCCCCACAUGUCUCAGUUGUGCCGAGCAGCUGCUGUUGGCGCCCACGCCCUUUGUCAUCGGUGUGCCCGCCUCCUUUCUCAUCUACAAAAAGAACUUUAGGUUACCCGAUGACAUUUGGGUGGUGGACUUGGAUUCGACAAAGCUAACACCUCCAACGGGGGGCUACGAUGAGAUUCCGCCGCUGCCCGAACCCGAGGGCACCAUACUAAAGAAUCACUUGAAACAGGCUAUGCUACUUAUGGAUGAAGCUGGACUUGGUGCAUUAACCUCGAUGACGGCCACUAAUCAGGCUGUGUCCUCGCAACAACUACUGCCCUCGGUACGCGACAGUCUCCAGGAGCCGCCGCUAUUGGGGGUAUCCCAAGUGCGUUUACCUUUGCAAACGCCGCCACAUUCGGCGCAGGCGAGUCAAAGGAAUUCGGUAUCCGCACAGGGCGCUCUGAUGUCCCGCCAGCCAAGUCCGAUGAAUUCACCGGCCCUCAAUCCCUUUGUGUAUGGCACCGAUGUCGAUUCCGUGGAUGUGGCCACACGGGUGGCCAUGGUGCGUUUCUUCAACGCACAGAAUACGUUGGCCAAUUUCGCCGAACAUACGCGCACUUUGCGUUUGUAUCCGCGUCCCGUGGUCGCCUUUCAGAUCAACAGUUUUCUGCGCUCGCGUCCGCGUGCCUCGAUGUUCCUCAAUCAGUUUGCACGCACCCAAGCGGUGGAGUUCCUUGCGGAGUGGUCGCUGACACCGACAAAUGUGGCGUUCUUGCGCGUCCAGACGGGCGUCAUGGAUCCCAUGCAGGUGGGCGAUAAGCCCAAAUGGUUUGCUCACAGCCUGACGCCCAUUCGGUUUUCGGUGUGGGACGAUGGCAGCUCGUUGAAUGGCGCCUUGCGUUCCCUCAAGCAGCUCGAGUGCCAGCCCACCGAUGAGAGCGGCUCCGAUUCGGAGGGCGCCGACAGCAGCAGCUCCUCGUACAGUUCGCUAAGUGAUUUUGUCUCCGAGAUGGCAUCGUCGGAUCUGUCGCCCAGUUUGCAUGAUGUUUUCGGCUCGUACAAUCGACCACAUGUGGUGCCACAAACGUUAUCCUCGAAUCUGGAUCCCGCCCUGGUCUAUCAUCCGCCCAGUAAACUGCAAUAUCCCGAGGGUUUGGCCGGAGCGGCGAGUCAAAAAGAAGACGAGGAACGUGCCGAUUCGCCGGUGUCAUCGUCGUCGAGUCGCUCGGACUUGAGUUCGCCCAGCUUCAAUCGGGAUUCGGAAUUUGAUUUUCAGCCCAAGGGCGGACAACAAGCGACACCGGCGCCAUUUGAGCUGGCAACGCCGUUGGCCAUGCGACUGGAGGCGACCAUCAAGAUGGCCAGCAUCGAGGCGGAAUCGGACACCACAUCGACGGUCACCGGGAAGAGCAUUGCGAGCAACAAAUUGCAGCGCAACACCAGCGAUUUGGAGCGCACCGAGAAGAAGAUACCACCGCCUUUAACGCCGCCCGUCAAGCAGCCGGGUGUGAGCAACAUUUUGGCACGCACCGGAAGCUCAGGUUCAAGUUCCAGCAGUCCGGGACGCCAGAGUUCCCAGAGCUCGCUCUUUGAGAACUUUGCCUCGCAUGCCAAGGAGCUGGUGCGCGAAACAACACGCCAGAGCAGUCAGGAGGGUUUACUUGCCCACGUGGACAAGCAUGCACUGGACGAAGAUCUCGACGACAAAAUGCGUCACACCUUUGAAAAGUUCACGCUGCAUGCCAAGAAGGCGGCUGGGGAGGCGUCCAAGCAGGCGCUGGAGGUGUCCAAACAGGCGGCGGGUGUUAGCAAGAACACUCUGGAGGAUCUCACGUAUGUGGGCAAAUCAACGUUGGGUGAUCUCACCAAGACCGCCAAAGAGGCGGCCACCAAAAAGGGCAUCAUCAAGAUCGAGGAGCAUGGCGGAGUAGCGCCAGGCGUUGGCGUCGGUGUCAGCAACAAUCCGGUGAACACGGCUGCCAAUUCUCAGUUGGCCACACAGAAGCAGGUGCAACAAAGUGGCGGCAGCGGCGGUGGUGGCAAUAAUUUCUUUAGCUCCAUUGGCAGCGAUUUCAAUGGUUUGGCUUCCUCGACCACCACCAUGUUCUCGGGCAUGUUUGGCAAAAAGAACCAACAAAAGCAGGCAGCGGUGCAGCACAAACCGACGAAUGUGACACCGGCCAAGAACAAGACGGGGAUCAAUUUUGAUCCGUUCCCGGGUCGCAAGGGACUCGUGGAGCGCACACCGUUGAUCAAGCACGCGGGACCCCGACAAACGCAGGAAGAGUUGACGCGCCAACAGAAUCAGGAGCGUUCGCACAGCAAUGCCGAGAAUCAGGCGUUCCUCAAGGAUGUGACUAAUCAGGUGCUCGCAGGCGAAGGUGUCGGCUGGUUGAAGCUCAAUCGGUUCAAGAAACUCAUGGAGGAUGAAUCGUAUCGCACGUUGGUGUUGAGCAAGCUCAACAAGACGCUCGACAAGAAGAUUGCACCCGACGAUCACAUUGACGAUGUGUGCGUCACGAAACCCGUGUGGAAGGGCAUGCUCAAGUGUGUGCAAGCAAUUGCCGCUGGCUUGGAUGUGACGUUCAGCAACUUUGGUCUCGGCGGCAUGGCUUCGGUGUUCCAGCUAAUGGAGGUGGCGCAUACGCAUUACUGGAGCAAAGAGAUCACCGAUGGCAGCGACAUGUCCUCCAGUCUGCUGUCGAGUCAUGCGGCCAGUCCGAUGGGCAGUCGGGAGAAUCUGCGUUCCCCGAGCAGUCCGAACGGUUCGCAUUCGGGUCUGGGCAGCGAAUGGGCAUCGCCGCAAGAGUCCCGAAAGAGUUCCACGCACACAGCGUUGCCCGCUUCGACGGCGGCGUCGCGUCGCUUGUCAUCGACGGACAGUCAGGAUGGUCAGUCGACGACGGAGAUGUUCAAGGAUAUGUUGUCGCAGAAGAGAAGUGCCUUGAAGAACAUGCUCACCUCGUUCGAUUCGGAUGCUGCUGGCUCUACGGGCGCGCUCUCCGUGGUCAGCGAUCUGCUUCCCGCUGGCAGUCUAAGCGUUCGCAUGCCCUCCAGCUGCCGUUCCACAGUCUCAGACACCGAAUACGAAAAUACAACCACAUCGAAAGAUUCGAAACGGAGCAGCGGUAACCUUUGGUCCGGCAAGUCAACGCUUAGCGCCGGCUUUCGUUAUACGGGCGGACAUUUGAUCAACACUUCGUCUUCCCCAUCGCCAGAUAGUCCGCGGGUUUAUCUAUUCGAGGGACUGCUGGGCAAGGAUCGUUUGAAUCUCUGGAAUCAAAUGCAGUUCUGGGAGGAUGCCUUCUUGGAUGCGGUCAGCCAGGAGCGUGAUAUGAUUGGCAUGGAUCAGGGUCCCAUUGAGAUGAUGGAACGUUACAAGUCGCUGAGCGAAUCGGAGCGUAAGCGACUGGAACAUGACGAGGAUCGACUGUUGAGCACUAUGCUCUACAAUCUGACUGCGAUUUUAGUAAUGCUGAAUGUGACCAAGGAUGAGAUACGUCGCAAGAUCCGACGUUUGCUGGGCAAAAGUCACAUUGGACUUGUCUACUCGCAGGAAGUGCACAAUGUGGUCGAUCAGAUCAACAAUCUGAAUGGCAAUGACAUCGACCUGAAGCCGCUGGGAUCACGGCUGUUGCAUCGCCAGAGUUUCACUGUUCAUCAGGGCACCGAUGUGAAUGGACCGCUGCGUUUCAUGGAAGUGCGCGACGAUGGUCUCGUCUUGCGUUCCGUUGAUGGUACAAUUGUGGAACGUUGGUGGUAUGAGCGACUGGUGAACAUGACUUACUCGCCAAAGACCAAGCUGCUUUGCCUUUGGCGUCGCAAUGGCGGACAGACUCAGCUGCACAAAUAUUACACACGAAAGUGCAAGGAGCUGUACAAUUGCAUUAAGGAGGCCAUGGAGCGUGGUGGCACGCCCACAAAUGUACCCGAAUUGGGCGGUGAGUUUCCCGUGCAGGAUAUGAAUACGGGCGAGGGAGGUUUACUGCAGGUCUGUCUUGAGGGUGUCGGUUUGUUGUUCUCCAACAGCAAGGAUUUCGAGUUCUUUGUGCGUUUGGAUCACAUACGCAAAUGUUUUACACAAAAAGGUGGAAUUUUCGUCCUGGAGGAAUACAAUCCCAAGACACGCAAUCUCAUACAGCGCAAAUAUCAAUCGAGCAUGUCGGAUCAGAUAUGUUACUCGGUGCUGUGCGUCUUCAGCUACGUCGCCGCUGGACAGGAUCAAAAGAAGAAUCCCGUGGUGAUAACACCACAAAUUCAGGACAUACACGCCCAGCAGAAGCAGAAGCAUCAACAGAAGGCCGCAGUUGUUGCCACUUCUACUACCACCACAACAGCAACAGCAACAGCAGCAACUACAGCGUCUGCAACUGCUUCAACAGCUGCCCCAUCACGAGGGGGCACGAUCACCAUACGCCACACGAUGCCCAUGCAGAAGCCGACCAUCACGAUGUCGACGGUGCAACCGCAAGCCAAGUUGCCACCUUCAACCACCACCGUUGUGACAACAACAACAACAACAUCGCAUGGACAUCUGCCGCAGUUGCCGCCACGAGUCCCAUCGCAGCCAUCGACGGAGAGUCUGGCGAGCAUCAGUUCGCCGCCGCCAAAGCAACGCGUUGCCCCGCCACCGGGACCACCGCCAGCGAUACCGCCACGGACCGGAGCGAUAGCGCGCAGCGGUUCGGUGCAGGUGCAGCAGGCAGCAACAGCAACUCGUUCGUUUGUGCGUCAGGCGUCGGCGAACUCGACGCCGCCACAAUACAUGCCACAGCCGCCGCCGCCCUUUGUCAUACCCAAGCGUCUGGCACGCGCCUCAACGCUGACAGCAGCAUCGUCAUCAACAUCACAUCAUCAUCAUCAUCUUCAGCAGCAACAAUCGUUGGUUCAGCAGCAGCAACAACAGCAGCUGCAACAGCAAUCGCAUGCACAGCAGCGCGCCAGCUACGGCAGCGUCGCCGCUGCGCUGCAGUCAAUGCCUGAGGGCGUCGUUAGUCCCAGCCAUGUUGCAGGGGCAUCGCCUCAGGCCCAUCGCAAGCACUGACGAAGGAGUUCCUUCUUUAAGUUCAGUUCAGGCGCUGGCUCAGCAGCUGUUGCUGGUGCGGACGUCGGUGGAGGAGGAGGAGGUGCUAAGAGCGGUGGCGGAGGUGGCAGCGGUGGAGGAGGAGUUGGAGGAGGCGGUGGCCCAACGGGCGAAGAACCGCAUCCACAGCCGCAUCACAGACGCGAUGUCUGUCGCACCAUUUGCAUACCCUGGCUGUAACUUCGGUGGCAAUCGAAGCUUUCAUAUCCUUGCAGUGCAUAGUUGCGCGUUUUUUCUCUAGGUAGCCUUAGAUCAAUGUUCGGUUUGCGUUGUGUUCCUAAGCAGCUAAACAUAUAAGAAAUCUAAACAAGCAAACAACAACAAAUAACAAAAGCUUUAUGAUAAGAAACGUUCGUCCGGUAAAAAUAUGGAAGCCUUCGCAAUUCUUGAUUAGCCCUCUUGAACACUUACUAAAUUCAGUUUCUGUUAUUGUUCCUAAAAACCAACAGCAGGCUAAAUGAAAGAGAGGAAGCUUUGGAUAGAUUAAGCUCAAAAGCUGUUUAACAUAAAAGAGAAAGUCAGAGAGAAAUAGAGAGGGAGUGGCAAAGCUUUACUGUGCUUUGUAUUUGUAAGAAGCUUAAAUGAGAUUUACAGUUGUGCAAAGCUUAAGCGAACUUUGUAGCUGUUAGAAGCUUCAAUGAGCUUUGUGUUUGUAAGAAGCUUCAAUGAGCUUUGUGUUUGUAAGAAGCUUUAAUGAGCUUUGUGUUUAAAGUGUAUAUAAUAAACGAAAGUUGCAAUGAGCUUAGCUUUAGAUUUCCAAAGAAUUUAACACAAGUCGGCUAAGCUUUAGCUAAAUGAAAAUGAGACAGCUUUAUAGUUUUUACGAACCCAAGCAGAAAUCCCCGCGUGUUACAUAGCUACAUUCAUAUACAUAUGUACACAGAAAGAAAAAAAGUGCUAGAAUCAAGAUCUGCAAUCUACUUUUCUAUUUGGAAUAAGGCAUUUUUGAAUCAAGAUUUCAAUCUUAAAAUAAGAUGUUUGUAAUCUUAAAAUGCAAAUGUACCACAAACAUUUUUUCAACCCAAAAAAUCUAAUUUCAAGAUUGUUCUUUUAAAGAUUGAAAAUAUCGUAUAUAAAGAUUUUUUCAAUCUGCACUUUUUUUCUCUCUGUGUACAAAGCAGCUUUCAGUGCUAAGAAGUAUAACAAAAUAAAGCUUUUCCCUCGCUUGUUCCUAUGGCAGCUGUUGUUGCUUAAGUCUGUCAAUCUGUUAGCUACGAUUAUGAACUAUAACGAUAAACAAUGUGUUAUUUGAAUGUAUGUGCUUGAGACACUAUAAUAAAUAGAAUACAACAAAAUAGUAAACUUUAUUGUUAUGCUGCAAGGGUAUCAGAGAGUCGACUCUACACUUCAACAUAUUAUAGUAGAGUGUGCUCUCUCAUCAAGUUCUCCAUACCAAAAUAUCUAUAUAUUAUAUAUACUAAAUAUGCUAUAUAUGUAAUACAAUAUUUAGCCGCAUCAUAUCAAUAACAGUCGACAUGCUUAUAAUGAGAAAACCGAGAGAGAGAAGAGAGAGGGAGAACUGUGUGUAUAUAAUUACAAUAUAUAUAUAGAAGGGGAGAAAGAGGAGAAUAAGGAGGGGAAGAGGCGAUCGGGCCUUGACCGUAAUGGGCACAAAAUACCUAAAGGAAAUUGAAGGCAAUCUAGUUAGGGAAAUGUAACAUACCAAUAAAAAAACAUAAACGAUACACACACACACAUAAAACUAUUCAAUGAACACGUAUUGUAAAGGAAUUUAUCUAGUUGUUAAAAAUCGACAUACAUCUAUACUAUAUACGAUACGAUAUACAUAUAACAUAUAUACCUAUACUUACGAUCUAUAAAUGAUAAUAACCAGUUGGGCUAGCUUAAGGAAUUGUCAGGGAACACAACACAACUACAACAACAACAAACAAACAACAAGAACAACAAGAAGGAAAACAUAACACAAGAAACAACAAACAAACAAAGAAACAAACCAGCCAACAGAAUCGGAGUUGGGAGAGCAAUAUGUAUGUAUGAUCAGCCUAAGUAUUUUUAAUCGCGAACUCUAAUCAUGCUAUAGCAUACAUACUAUAUAUGUACGAUAUAUAUAUUUUUGUUGUUAAAACCAGAUACAGUUGUUGGCUUUAGAUGUUAAACUCAAGAGAACAAUAUUACGCUAUCUACAAUACAAUACGACAACACUAUAUUAUAUAUACAACAUACAUUAUACGAUCCAAUGCAUAAUUAUAAUAAAUAUAAAUUGUAUUUUCCAUAGUUCAAAAGUG